GUUGUCAGAUUUACACACAAUAUAUACAACAUAUAUAAAUAACUAAAUGAUGAUGAGGCAUUGUCUAUAUAAUAUAUAUUAUUUUGAAAAUGGAGAUAUUUCGUUCUUUCAGGCCUGUAUGUAUUCAUCCCUAAAAAUACAAGACAUAAUUCCAACAGAAACGAAGAAGAAACUAAUAUUAUUGUAAAUUAGGGUUAUAGUUUGUGUUUUGUUUUUCAAUUGUAUACUACACCGUAUCAAAAUGACUUUUAAAAAAGGAGUGGAUCCGAAAGUUUUUCGAGCUAUUCAACACGUUAACGUCGAAGAGCUAGCAAAAUGUAGCGAACACGAAAUACGUCCAGUUUUACCGUGUUUGGUUAGAAUGGGACUAAUUUCGCCGCUCGAUACAUCCAGAAAAUGCAUGAAUAUGAAAAUGACGAUAUUAACAAUCGUUUCUGGAAUGGAAUUAGUGAAUUCUAUAGUUGCCUUACUUUCAAUAGAUUUUCAUAAGUUGGAAAUUGAUGUCAAAAAAGAACAGCAAUUACGACAGAAAGGAAAUACUCUACUCAAUGAUUCAAUUUUAAUUGGUAAUUUAUCUAAUACUAGUAUGGCUCUGGAGUAUGAAAGAAGCGACAUGACUCGUCGAUUGAGCAUACUACUGGGAGAACUUCUUUUUAUUCAAUCACAAAUUCAAGAUGGAACAGAGUCAACAUCUGACCGCGAAACAUACAUGAAGUCAUCAGAACUGUUUGAUAAUGAUAUUUUUGCAGAAGAAUUGUCAGAUAUAAUAUGUAUAGCAUUAGCAGAGUUGCCGACUACUUUGAAUAUUUGUACAAUAGUAGAAACAUUGUUACAUGUACAUAAUGGUCCAUCUAUUAUUUGUAGGAUUGUCGCCAACUUUCCAGAUUCUUUUAAAGAAGUGACAACGUAUCUUAUACAAACUGGAGAAAAACAAGAGGAAAGCAUCUCCAGCAUUAUUAGAAUUAAUGCGAUUUCUCUUAUUUGCAAAAUGAAUCCACAUCAAGCUUUAUCUAUAAGAAGUAAAUGUGUGGAAUUAUGUAGAAUGCCCGCAUUGGCUAUAACCUUAUCCAUGGAGCAUAAUAACAAGAAUGAUAUAUGCGAUUUAGAAAGUGAUAUGGUGGCGUUUAUCUCUGGAUUAUUAUUGGGAAAUGAUCAGGCUAUCAGAAAUUGGAUAGCUCUGUUCAUUCGAACUGGACAAAAGAGAAAAGGUGAAGUCUCCAGCAACGCCUUACAACAACUUAGAGAAGAAUUACAAAGACGCUUAUUACAUAUAAUAAACGCUUCUUCCGAAGGAGAAUUGCCAGACAUAAUGGUUGUACAAGCCUCAGCAUUAUUGCGACUUUUUUGUGCACUUAGAGGUAUUGCUGCUAUAAAGUUCCAAGAUGAAGAGGUCAAUUUAAUAGUUCAGCUUUUGACUUCCCAUCCAAAUCCUACUCCGGCCGGUGUUCGAUUCGUAUCUAUCGGAUUAUGUAUGUUAAUAGCUUGUCCUUCUUUGAUUCUUUUACCUGAACACGAAAGACGUAGCAUCGAAUGGGUACAAUGGUUAGUUAAAGAAGAGGCUUACUUUGAAUCGACCAGCGGUGUUACUGCCUCAUUCGGAGAAAUGUUACUAUUAAUGGCGAUUCACUUUCACAGUAAUCAAUUGAGCGCCAUCUGCGAUCUAGUAUGUUCAACGCUUGGCAUGAAAAUAGCAAUUAGAAAUAACAACAUGACGAGAAUGAAACAAGUUUUUACACAAGAAAUUUUUUCCGAACAAGUCGUUACCGCGCACGCUGUUAAAGUACCAGUAACUAAUUCGUUAAACGCCAACAUGACAGGUUUUCUUCCGAUCCAUUGUAUCCAUCAACUUUUGAAAUCCAGAGCGUUCGCUAAACACAAUGUUAAUAUUAAGAAAUGGAUUUACAAACAGAUUUGUACGAGCGUAAGUCCAUUGCAUCCUGUUCUCAGGAUGUUGAUUGAAGUUUACGUUAAUAGCAUAAUUGUACCAAAUGCAAAAAAUACCGAAUACACUAAUAAACCUUUAACGGAGAACGAAAUCAGGAAGGUAUUCCAAAGCUCAAUUUUCGGGCAAUAUUUUGAUCAGAAACAAUCUAUCUUCAAUAUGGAAUUCGAUCUAAAUUCUGAAUAUCAAGAUGUGGUGGUGGAUAAUACAAGUCUAACACCACAGCUUCUUCUAUUGUAUUAUUUGUUACUUUAUGAAGAUUGUCGGUUAAAUAACGCUCAUACUUUAGCCGUUAGUGGUAGAAAAAUAAAAAAAUACACGCCUGAAUUUAUGUCGGAACUACCAAUAAAGUAUCUACUACACCACGCCCAGAAGGAUCAAAGUUCUUACUCAGGUCUCUUUGGUCCAUUGUUGAAGUUACUGGCAACGCACUUUCCUCACUUAACUUUAGUAGAAGAUUGGCUGGACGAUAUGGCCAUUCAUACAGAAUAUAAACCCACACAUAUCACCGAAUUAUCAGUAGUGGAAGCUUUAGGCGAAACGGAAACCAAUCCUUUAAAAUGUGCGAAGCUUCUACAGUUAUUAUUAAAACAAGAAGCUAUAGAUAUUUGGCCGUUUGUUGAGAUAUUCGCUCAGAAUUCCAGGAGGUUUUUGGACGAUAACGUACCGAGGUAUUUGCAGGAUUUAUACAAAGACGUUUGGUUCAGAUUGAAUACAGUAUUGCCAAGGAGAUUGUGGGUAUUAACGGUAAAUAGUCUAGUUGAUGAUUUUUCCAAUUUGACUAGAAUUGAUGUCGCUGAAGAUCCUCUACAGAUAAUGAGAUGUGAUGAAAGAGUUUUCCGAUGUGCUCCAAUGUAUGCGAUCGUUCUAAGAGUAUUAAGGGCCAGUUUGGCAUCAUCUCGAAGCCAAUUAAUGCAGCAUUUACAAUCGAAUUUAAAAUUAGAUUAUUCCGGACAAGUUGUGAACGAAAGCGAUAGAGAAGAUAUGUGUAGAGCUUGCAUUGCUGCACAGGAAGCUGCAGCUAUACAGAUGUUGAUAGAAACUUGUUCAGAAACAGAGUCUGAUAAAAUAAUACCCGGAAGACAAUGGGCCCUUCAAGAAGUUAGAUCACUAGUGUGUAGUUACCUUCAUCAGGCUUUCAUUGCAGAUACAAUGCUAUGUAAGCUAGUUCAUUUCCAAACUUACCCUAGCGAAUUGAUUGAGAUAGUAGUAAAGGGGGUACCUUCAAUGCACAUAUGUUUGGAUUUCUUGCAAGAAUUAAUGCAACAGCCAAGUCUCAAUAAACAAAUUUUCGGAAUUCAAUUACUAUCCUACAUUAGUUUACAAUAUGCUUUACCGAAGAGUUUAAAUUUGUGUGUUUUGGCGCUUAAUUUGUUAUAUGCCCUUCUCGGAGGCCUCUCGAGUGCCCAGAGGGUAAAACUCUUCAAACCUGUCCUUCCAGCAUUAGUGCGAAUGAGCGAAGCGUUUCCGCCUCUAACGGAAGACAUCAUCAAUUUAAUUAUGCAACUGGCAAGAGUGUGCGAGUCGCAGGCAUCGUUGGCAUCACAUUUUGAUGCUCAUUUAGGAAAGAGUUUGGAAAUUGCGUCUCAAGAAAGUGCGGAAUUGUGCGAUUUAACGCAGAGGACUUUUUCUGAAAUUUUAGACAAGACCGUCUUGAGAGACAAAGUGUAUAAACAAGAUUGAGUUCAUGUGUUUUAAUAUUAUAAAUAGUUAAUAAUCUAAGUCUCAAUCUAUCUCAAUCACUAGAGAUAGUUGGAGUAAUGGUAAACUAUUUUAAAAAAUAGUUAUUUAUGUAUCAAGGCACUAAAAUCAUACAACCAGGCGAGUGCAGUGCAGUACCUUUCAUAAACCCUUUAUAUUUUCCUAAAACAAAAAUAUCUUCACAAUUCAUUCCAUUUUACAUCCUUAUAUUCGACUGUUCUGAGGUUUGGUGAGGUUGAACGUUUUUUAUUUUCAUAGAAUGAAAGUGGCAGAUCAUCACCAUCUGACUCGAUUUCUUGCAGGAUCUCUUAUAGUAUGACUUAAUUUAAGUCUCUUAUUACCUUAUUUUUUUUGUCAUUCUCAUAUCUGUUCGGAAUUUUGUCUUCUUGAUUUUAUUUUCUUUAGCCAACUUCUUUGCUCAGCUUUUUGCAGUCUUUUCAGAAGUUCAGGAUGAUCAUAAGUAUAAUAGCACCGCCGACGACGUAACUAUAAUAAAAUAUGUCCAAAUAAAAGGUUUUGUUACUAACAAACAACUAUCAUUAUUUAAGAGUAACUGUAGGUCACAUUGAUUAUGCCUGAGAGUGUAUGCAGGUCGUAUUUUUGUGGUGCCUAUUUCAUGGCAACAUGAAUUCAAACGAGGAGUAAUGAUCCAUCUCAAAAAAAAUCUAUAAAUAAAGCAUUAGAUUGUGUUGUAAAGGAAUGUAUAAUAUACGUCCUCUCUACCUCUGUAACCUUGACAUCUUCAUUUUGGUUUUCCCAUUCGAUUUCAAAGUCGAAAACUUUUUAAAAAUUUUAGGUUGAGUCUUAUUUCUUGUCCCUCGUAGAUCGUAGGUAUUCGCACUAUGUAUUAAAAUACGGAGUCUGUUUUUAUCGCGGUAGAGCGUAAAAUAACACGACACGAAUCCUACUGACUACGCCAGUUAUAUAUUUAACUUGCGAAACUUUAUAUUUAAAAUUUUAUUCACAAUAAAAACAAGUUACAAUUUUAAAAA